AGGCUACAAACUCCAGGAUGGAAGAUCAUACAAGAUACUGAAAAUAGUUUCAUAUUUUGAUAUGAAGUGUGCAUGCAUAUUUGGUUUUUUUACCUUUCUAUGGACAGUAAAUGGAUCCCACUUUCGAGGUGGUAUUUUUACAUGGAGGCAUAUUUCAGGAAAUCAGGUCCACGUGAAACACAGGAUGUCAUGGAGACGAUCGUAUCACACUCCUGUUUGUGAUGAAGAAUACAAAAAUGACAGAAUACAGAGGACGUUUGAUAGAGCCGGAUGCUUCGAUGGUUGUGACGAUGUUAAAUGGAGUAACCCACCAAUUACAGCUGUAUGCACAGAUUACAGUAUAUCAGAAGAUUGGACAACUUACGAAGGAGAAUUCAACAUUUCUCUUCCGUCGUCUACCACGUCUUACGUCAUUGGGUACACCUCCUGUUGUUGGAUUGAUACCCUACAAGUAAAUCCUAGCACCCAUUGGAUGAUUGCGACUCGUAUAGAUCUCGCCUAUCGUCAAGACAUUGGUCGUAUCAACACAUCUCCCGUAACAGCCAUGCAACCUAUUGUCAGACUUCAAAGGGGAUGUAGUCACAGCAUACGCAUUCCAGUUGCUGAUGACGAUGGCGACAUUGUAAGAUGUAGAUGGGGACGAAGUUCACCGUUUGAUGAGUGUAGUGGGAUUUGUAAUUCUUUCCCAGCUGCUGUCUUGCACGAGACAACUUGUACCUUGGAUUAUUCAUCAACAUCAAACACACCUGGUUAUUAUGGAGUGGCGAUCCAGAUCGAGGAUUUUUCAUCCAUUUCAUCAUCAACUCCUCUAAGCAGCAUUCCACUUCAAUUCCUGGUAGAAAUCUUCGAUUCUUCAAUUGCCUGUGCUUCUGCGCCAUCUUUCAUUUCCCCUACACCUCCUGACGGAGGAUGUUAUGAGGCAGUUCGAGGGAUCACAUUUCGUAUCGAAAUCCGUAUCAGGACAGGGACAGAUAGUCAACAAAUCUACGAAGUCACUACGCAGUCACCAGUUGGUGUCAUUAAGUCCGGCAUCCAUGCCAUCUCUCAGACGGAUUACUAUGUAAUGCUGACGUGGACACCGACGAACAGUCAGCAGGGCUCCUACAUCAUCUGUUUUAUGGCAGAAGAUAAUUUGGGAUUAACAACAGAUUCCAGAUGUAUCACAUUAAACGUUGUUAGUACCAGUACAUUGCCAACUGUUGUUGCCGGUAGCCAGUCACCAUCAGGAUCAAUAUCCGACACUAGUCAUCGGUGGACUGUGCAGUAUUCUAACUACUUUGUGCGCCCUACAACGUCAGCAUUUAUAAAGAUCUACGAAUCAUCCGGAAUGUUAGUGGAAACGAUUGACGUAACCUCAUCAGCUGCAGUUUACCCACAAUCCACCAGCGAUAGACAGUUGGUAUUCACUACUACGUAUAACUACCAAAGAGGACAUUCCUAUUAUAUACAGUUUGAUGAAGGAGUAGCAAACAGAGAGCUGGGUUGUCGUGUAAAAUCUCCAGCCAUUACCAGCACCACAUUCUGGACUUUCACCAUAUCUUCUGCUACAACGUCUACAACAGUUACAACGCCGACCAUAAAUGACAUAGCAAUACGACUGGUAGGAGGUCAAAGUCCAUAUGAGGGCAGGGUAGAGGUAUAUCACAUUGGUGUUUGGGGGACAGUCUGUGACGAUGCUUGGGAUGACAAUGAUGCAGCCGUCGUCUGUCGAUCACUGGGAUACCCGUGGGAAUCAGCAAGAAGCUUGUGUUGCGCUAACUACGGACAAGGAUCAGGUACAAUACAUCUGGAUGACGUCCAAUGCUCAGGAACUGAAACAGAUAUUACGCAAUGCUCGCACAAUCCAUGGGGAAGUCAUAACUGUGGCCACCAAGAAGAUGCUUCUGUCAAAUGUGUACCGGACACUAGCAUAGCAAUACGACUGGUAGGAGGUCAAAGUCCAAAUGAGGGCAGGGUAGAGGUAUAUCACAGUGGUGUUUGGGGGACAGUCUGUGACGAUGCCUGGGAUGACAAUGAUGCAGCCGUCGUCUGUCGAUCACUGGGAUAUCCGUGGGAAUCUGCAAGAAGCUUGUGUUGCGCUAACUACGGACAAGGAUCAGGUACAAUGCAUCUGGAUGACGUCCAAUGCUCAGGAACUGAAACAGAUAUCACGCAAUGCUCGCACAAUCCAUGGGGAAGUUAUAACUGUGGCCACCAAGAAGAUGCUUCUGUCAAAUGUGUACCGGACACUACUUUAUCUACAACGUCUACAACAGUUACAACGCCGACAACAAUGCAUCCCAAUGACAUAGCAAUACGACUGGUAGGAGGUCAAAGUCCAUAUGAGGGCAGGGUUGAGGUAUAUCACAGUGGUGUUUGGGGGACAGUCUGUGACGAUGCCUGGGAUGACAAUGAUGCAGCCGUCGUCUGUCGAUCACUGGGAUACCCGUGGGAAUAUGGAAGAAGUACCUGUUGCGCCAACUACGGACAAGGAUCAGGUACAAUACAUCUGGAUGAGGUACAAUGCUCAGGAACUGAAACAGAAAUCACACAAUGUUCGCACUAUGGAUGGGGACGUCAUGACUGUGGCCAUCAAGAAGAUGCUUCUGUUAAAUGUGUACCGGACACUACUUCCUCUACAACAUCUACAACAAAACCGUCGACAGCAACCACAACACCAGCUUCUUUUCAAUCACUUGAUAGUUUUUCAUUCGGGGAGGAAGUUUAUGAUUGGGGUAUUUCCGGAGAUGAUGUAACGAGUCCCGCGUUGAAUCCCCCUACACAUGUUUACAUUGGAGACGGAACAGAAGGAACAUUCGACACUGCUUAUGUUGGAAGUAAUGGGAUCAUUAGUCUUGGAGAGAGAUACAAUAGCUUCUCUAUAUAUGAUCUGACGUCAUCAUCUGUAAAUCAGAGAAGAAUAAUUUGUCCGUUCUGGACAGACUUAAUUUCCGGCAACAUCGUCUACUAUAAUACAUAUACGAGCGGUGUGUGGAGUGAUCAGCCCAUAUUAGACAAAGCCAACAGCAUCAUCAGGGAAUAUUACGGGGACGAUUUCCCGCACUUUGAAGCUAUCUGGAUGCUAAAAGUAACAUGGAAAGAAAUGGAGUUGUUUUCAGACAGAACACAGAAUGUGACAGUACAGGCUGUUCUUGUGACGGAUGGGAUCAACACGUUCACCAUGUUUUAUUACAUCGAUGUGAACUUGGCGGUCGUUAAUGGGCUAGAUAUCUCGGUAGGUUACAGAUAUCGGAGCUUCUACACCAGUAAUCCUUACUCCUGUCGGAGCGGAACAUUUACUCUCAGUCAAAUUCCAGGCAAUAGAGGAAUUCGGGGAUUUUGGAUAUACAAAUUGACAACAGAAAUACAGUAUUCAGGAGAUGAGCUCUCCUGUUUUAACUGGUAUAUCAGGAAUAAGAAUCAAGGCAUGGACACCAUUCUGCGUAAUCGCAGACAGUGGUGGUCAAACGUGUGUCCAUGUCAGCUCGACUGGUUAUUAUUUGAUGGCGGGUUCCAGUAUUCAAGGACUGAUUUUGCUAACGGAGUAAUUUGUUACGCAUCUAUGAUGUCAUUUACCGGAAGCGCUGAAUGUUGUUAUCCGAUCUCCAACUGGUGGUUCGGAUGGUCAUGGUCAUGGUGGUCUAUAGGAUGGUUUGGAUCCACUACCCGCACGUGGACGAGACCAGCAGCCGGAACCCUCCUGGAAAACAGCCCGUUCUUUGACACAAUUCAAUAUUACAAUGAGGACCUUUUACCAAAGGAGCAGUGUUGCGGAACUGGACAUUGCGAUUGGUAUUACGAAGUUCGUCCUAGAACGUGGUGCUAUCGAGUGUCUAUAUUCUGGAUAUCCUGGCUAUUUGGAGACCCUCAUAUAAACACCCUCGAUGGAAAUCAGUACACAUUUAACGGCUAUGAUGAGUACGUGUUGCUGAGAAUUAAUACGGAAGAGAAGCAGUUUGAAUUACAGGCUAGAACGGACCUCGCUGAGGGAGCGAAUGGCACAGUCAUCAAUGCUACCAUAUUCAGUGCGUUUGCUGCUAGAGACGACACAGGAUCCUUCGUGCAAGUGGAACUAUCCCGAAACAAAGACAAAAUGUACAUUCGAGGAAAUGACCAAGAUUUAACAAACAGCUUUGAGGAUGACAUUUCCUACAGAUAUUUUACCAGGUACCUGGUCAUUACGAAAGAAAACCAAACUUACACAGCCACCUUCCUCAACUCAUCUAUAACAAUGAAGGUGACGUUAGGAGUUCGAUUUUUAACAAUUGAGGCAGUGGUGGAUUCUAAAUAUAAUGGCAGUGUUGCUGGCUUGAUGGGAAACUUUGACGGAAACAGUACAAAUGACUUCAUUCUUCCUAACGGAACUUUCCUGAAACCAGAGGACGUGAACACAGAGAGAAAAAUCUACAACAAUUUUGGACAGUUCUGGGCUGUAAACGAGACGACAUCAAUCUUCCAUUAUGGUUCAGGCCUAUCACAUAGGGACUAUUCUCACCCUGAAUUUGUUCCUUUCUUUGUUGAUGAAUACCCUGAAGAUCAGAGAAAUGCCUCCCGUGAAGCCUGCGGCGGGGACUCGGCCUCCCAAGCCUGUAUUUUCGACUACCUUGCAACCGGAGAUAAAGCUUUGGCUCUCUCUUCUGGAAACACAGACACCUCUAAUAAACAGGACCUUGUCAAUAUUGAAAAUCAGCCACCAUUUAUUGACGGUGAAGAGGUUAUUCAUGUGGAAGUAAAUAAAACGGUCCAAAUACAAUUCAAUGCCUCUGAUGACAAGGGUUAUACGUACCAGGUUCUGAACCAGCCACCAACAGGGUUUUCCUUUGACAAUAUCACCGGGGUAGCUACCUGGACGCCAAAUGAUUCGAACAACGCACAGAUUAGUAUAACAGUCGUUGACACUGAUGGAGUUUCCGCCCCAGCAAUGGAUAUUAUAUUAAUCGUGUGCAGCGCGUGCAGCCAUCGGGGUUAUUGUGAUUACAACAGAACAGUUCACUCGACAAAUAGUACGUUCAGACUGGCUACCUGUGUUUGUUACCAUGGAUACACAGGUGAUAAUUGUGAACUUGACGCAGACGCAUGCGCGGAUAGUCCAUGUCCUCUGGGGCGUAACUGCACGGACCUGCCUGUAGAGGAGGAGCUGAGGAUUGGUAGAGGUUAUAACUGUACGGAAUGCCCACGAGGAUAUCAGGAUAUUGACAACAAAUGUCAAGACAUCAAUGAGUGCAACACCACCUCGACUAACCAAUGUGAGCAAGUGUGCGAAAAUACAGAGGGAGGUUUUGAAUGUCAUUGUUUCAAUGGGUACCGCAUGAGCGAGGGUUCCUGUCGAGAUAUUGAUGAGUGCUCUGAAGGAACAUCGACGUGUGAACAGAAUUGUCACAAUACGGAUGGUUCAUAUGUGUGUUCAUGUGUUACAGGAUUUGAACUUAAGAAAGACAACAGCUCGUGUCUGCAAAUAGAAACGGAUGUCUGUAAACUUGUGGGACUCUCCUGUCAGUAUACCUGCGAUAACUCAUCCGGCGUCUUCAAAUGUAUAUGUCCAGCUGGAUAUGAACUCGCUGCGAAUAACAGGAAUUGUACAAAUAUCAACGAGUGUGACCGCAACAUCUGCUCACAACAUUGUACGGACACUAACGGAUCAUACAGUUGUGCCUGCUAUAUCGGAUACAGACUUAACUCGGACCACACUACGUGCUCCGAAUGCGAUGCGCCAUACUACGGACAGGGAUGUAGUUAUAUGUGUGAGUGCGGCGCCGGAAUGGACCGGUGUGAUCCAGUCAAAGGUUGCGUCUGUUUACCUGGAUGGACCGGAUCAGAUUGUAGUCAGGAUGUGAAUGAGUGCAGCGUUAACCAAUCGAUAUGUGGGACAGAUAAACUAUGUCACAAUCUACAAGGUGGUUAUAGGUGUGACUGUCGACAGGGUUACAGAAAAGAGGCGGCAAAAUGUGUUGAUGUGGACGAAUGCACAAAUGCUGGAUCACACAACUGUUCCACUGCAACAUCCACGUGCAAGAACAAAGAUGGUGGAUUCAGCUGCAAAUGCAAGACCGGAUACAUUCAGAAGAAUCUCUACGAGUGCCGAGAUUUUGAUGAAUGUGAAGCUAAUAUUGACGGUUGUUCCCAGAUAUGUAGCAAUGUAAAUGGUAGUUAUGAUUGUGAUUGUCACUUUGGAUUUUCCCUCAAUGACGACAGGAAAACAUGCUCAAAAGUACAAGACGCAUGUCUUCUCUUCCCUGGAUUGAAUUGCAGCUAUGGGUGCAAGCAGGCUCCAAAGAAUCAUACGAUCGGAUUCUGUUUCUGUCCAGAGGGUUACAUUCUCAACGAGCAGGACAAGUCAUCGUGCAUAGAUGUGAACGAGUGUGCAAAUAUGUCUUUGAAUAAAUGUUCGCAGAAAGACACGUGUGUUAAUACACCAGGGUCGUUUAAUUGUUCUUGUCCAGAGGGUACCUACUUGGAAAACGAUGGAAGAACAUGUAGAACAUGUGAUGGUUUCUCAUAUGGUAUGGAUUGCCAGACUCCUUGUGAAUGUGGUGUGGGUGCAUCACAUUGCGAUCCCGUCCGAGGGUGUCUAUGCAAACCUGGAUGGAUCGGCACCAAAUGCGACGCAGACAUCGAUGAAUGCAUGGCCGGAAAUCCUUGCAAUGGCAUCCAUCAAGUAUGCCGUAACACUCCAGGAUCUUACGCAUGUGCCUGUCAGAAUGGUUACGUAGAGGCCUCAGGGACUUGUAAUGAUGUCGAUGAAUGUGUUGAUCAUCCCUGUUCUCAGCUGUGUACGAAUAUUCCCGGAAGCUUCGUCUGCAAUUGUUACUCAGGAUUUCAUCUUGUUAAUGGUAAUCUUUGCGGCGACAUCGAUGAAUGUAGCUUACCGGUCCAACCUUGUGACCAAGUAUGCACCAAUACUAUAGGCAGUUACAAGUGCAGCUGCCACGCAGGAUACCUACUGAACACAACCAACAGGAAGGAUUGCUACGCAAAGACUGAGUGUUCAAACGGUACUGCAACCUGUUCUCAGAAAUGUGGAGUCAACGUUGAUGGGUCAGAAUACUGCUUCUGUGACAAUGGAUAUUUCAUAGAUACAGACAAUAGAACAUGCAUCGAUCGAGAUGAUUGUUCCCCUAACCCUUGCAGCCAGACGUGUGUUGAGAAAGCACUGGGUCAAGGUUAUUCAUGUCUCUGUGAAAACGGGAAAAUGUUGGAUGAUGAUCAAAGAACAUGCAUAGAGUGUUCAAACUGGAGGUUUGGUCCGAAUUGCUCCAGCCAAUGUACUUGCAACAACGAGAACUCCCUGUCUUGUGACUCCACUUCUGGUGACUGCACGUGUAAGCCUGGAUGGUCUGGGACAGAUUGUGAGAGUGAUAUCGAUGAAUGUGGACAGUCCAGUACAUGUCCUGUCUCAUCCACAUGUGUAAAUUCCUUAGGUUCAUACACUUGUGUAUGUGACAAUGGCUCAGUAAUGGCGGGUGGAAUGUGUGUGGAAUGUUCUGGAAACCGUUACGGACCAAACUGUGGGUUACAGUGUCAAUGUAAUGAAGAAAACACUAUGACAUGCGAUAAAAGAAACGGCACCUGCAACUGUAGAGGAGGAUGGACAGGGCUCAAUUGUUCAGUGGAUGUUCACGAGUGUUCUCGUACUCCCAGUAUUUGUGGUGCGAACGCCAAAUGCACAGAGGAAAUUGGUUCUUUCAGUUGCCAGUGUGAUCCGGGCUUUCAGAAAACGUCAUCAAAUACAUGUUCAAAUAUAGAUGAAUGUGUGACAAGAAGUCAUUCUUGUCACGUGAACUCUCGCUGUAUGGACACUAGUGGUGGCUAUAUCUGUACAUGUGACCCUGGUUUCUCGGGAGAUGGACACACUUGUUCAGAUGUAAAUGAAUGUUCAUCACCAAGUGUGUGUGACCCAAAUUCAAAGUGCAACAAUACACGGGGAAGCUAUGUUUGUACUUGUGAUCCUGGUUUCAUUGGAGAUGGGGGAAAGUGUUCAGAUGUUGAUGAGUGCUUAAAGGAACCCCCGGAAUGUCACCCUGAUGCUCUGUGUAAUAACACGGCGGGGAGCUUCUCCUGUCAAUGUAAGGGUGGUUACGAAGGUGACGGGAAAAUGUGCAAAGAUAUUGAUGAAUGCUUGCGGAACCUGUCUUCUUGCGAUACGCAUGCGCUUUGUACAAAUACAAACGGUAGUCACACCUGUGCAUGCAACUCAGGUUUCUAUGGCGAUGGACAAACCUGUCUAGAAAAAGAUGAAUGUGUAGAAAACACACAUAGCUGCCACGUCAAUGCCUCCUGUAUCAACACGUUUGGUAACUACUUCUGUGAGUGCAAUCCCGGUUUCUUUGGCAGUGGCAGGAAUUGUACAGAUGUUGAUGAAUGUUUGGAUGGUACUAAUGACUGUCAUCUAAAUGCUACUUGUCACAACACCGUCGGUAACUUUUCCUGCAUGUGUGACAUUGGAUUUCAUGGCAAUGGCGUCAAUUGUUACAAAUGUCCCAAUAUGGCGUUUGGUGUUGACUGCCAAAACCAGUGCACAUGUAACACCAGCAAUACCAGGUCAUGUGACAAAGUAACAGGAGCGUGUGCAUGUAAAAUUGGAUGGAAUGGAGACACCUGUAGCGAGGAUAUCCCAGAAUGCACAGAGAAGCCGGAUACAUGUGGAUUGAACGCAAUCUGUUCAGAACUACCCGGAAGCUACAGCUGCUCUUGCAUGACGGGAUACCAAAUGACGACAAAUAAUGACUGUCAAAAUGUUGAUGAAUGCAACAUCCAGCAACACAAUUGCCACCCAAACGCACAUUGCAAUGACACUGUUGGUCAUUUCCUAUGCGCUUGUAAAUCUGGAUUUAGCGGAAACGGAACGUUUUGCACAGCCAUACCCCUGAAGCCAAGUAUUUCCGAUACCACAGAGGACAAAUACAGAAUCAAAAUAAGAUUCGACAUGAACACUAAUCAAACCACCCUAGACGUGCACUAUAUCAACACAGUCCAAAGGAUGACAACUGCACUAGCUUCGUUUUAUCAAGCAACGAUACCAGGAUUUCAGAGAGUGGUUAUUCUACACAUCAGAAUUGGAAGUCUGGUUGUUGACCACCAGUUAGUGACUUCAAAAUCCCAUUCCGACCAGCAAAAGACUGACAUCACUAAAGCCUUACAAAGACUAGCCAGUGGGGCCGUUAAUAUUGUAUACGAUGGCAGGGAACAACGAACAAUAUCUGUAGAACUACAGAAUUUGGAAUCCAGCAAUUUUGUGAACAUUAGCUCCACAAGUCUCUGCACAAUUUAUCAAGCCUUACAGCCAUGCCAAGAGGGUCAAAAAUGUUCAGAAACAAAUGGAAAUAUUGCCUGCAGCCCACUGACGACAUCAGAUAAUUACAUGGUGAUAGUUGGACCUGGAGUGGGAAUUCCAUUAGGAAUAAUCACUAUCCUGGGACUCUCCAUAGUCUAUCUUUACCUCAAGAAAAGACGCGGUCAAAGAGAGCCUAAACCGGACUACGAUAGCAGAUCUGUCAUCAGUGGAAACAGUGAUGACUCGUUGAUACAUUCCUCCGGUAAGGGUAUAACAAAACGUCUGGAUACAACAGGAAAACGCAGACCAUUCAGUCUGCACGACGAGUCCCCCAGCAGCAGGGAGACACGAACUUCCUCCAGUCGCUUCCACAGAGGUUAUUUCUGAAGAACACCAACAAUUGUUUUCGAUUCCAGAUGCUGAAUAGAAAAGACCUUUUAAAAACUAUUUUGUUAUAACGUUAAAUAGGUCAAUUAAAAACUAACAAUGUCUUUAUUUACACAUGACUCCAAAUAUGAAGAACAUGUAUCGUGAAUUUGUUGUACCGUUUAGUAUAAUAGUGAUAUUAUUGAUUCAUUAUUUAUCCGUUUGCUAUUUCGAUUGCUAGCUACAUGUAUUUUGUAAACUAUGAUAUUGUAUGGUUCUUUUCAUUUUACCCCCUCCCUUUCUCUCAAACUAUCAAUACAUAAAGGACCUAAAUAGUUUACUCUUAUGAUUACUUGUUCAAUUAUUCAUGUGUUGAAUAUCAUUUAAAAUAUUGAAAAAUAAUAUGCAUUCUAUAUAUUUUAUCUACUUGAUAGUUCUAGGAAAUACCUGUACAUUUGACUAUCUUCGUCAAUAUUGUGAUUAACAAUAUUACCUUCCAUUGUCAAGUCAUAGCAUACUAUUCCGUAAAUCAGAAAGCGAGGGUCGUAAAGCAAUGUACUACUCUUAAUAGCGACAUCGCUACUGUUUCCUUGUACACUCUACUGUUAGUUCUCCUUAUGAUAAUUUUCCUUACAUACCCGGUAUACCUUUCUGGGAUGUUUUGAAUUUUGUGCUUUUACUUUUGUAUGUUAAUUUCAUCAUAAUAAAAUUUAAAGUAAAACA